UUUCACUUACCACCGCAUAAUAACCGGUAAUCAAAUAUUUGCCAUCUCCAAUCCUCCUCGAAGUUAUAUAUUCGUGUCAAUGACUCACGAAACACUGUAAGUUUUAGUUUUGUUCCGUUCAAUCCGGCGGAGAACUCCAAGUGUUUAAUCGUAAAACGGACAAAACUGAAAAUUUCUAAUAAGCAUUCGAUUGGUUCAAUAAUUAUAUUUUUAUUGAUAUUUUGUCUUCUUAACGUGAAUAAGUGCUGAAAAAUUAAAUAAUUUUUUACAAUGACUAUUUUACUGCAUAAAUUUAUCAUCUAAAAUUAAAAUUCCAAAAACAUAAAAUAGUGAUAAUCUUGAACUUGGUUAUUUGUUAAUUUUUAAACAAAAAUGCCGCCUAAUUUUACAAACUUGUACCGAUGUGCUGACAAAGAAGAAAAUAUAAAGCAAGAUGAAAUCGACGAAUUUGUGGAAAAUAAAAAAGAAUUAACAAAAAAGCGUUGGUAUGAAUUUGAAACAGAAGUGGUUUGGAGCAAUGUGAUAAUUAUAACAUUUUUACAUAUUAUGGCUUUGUAUUACUCGAUUACUUAUCCGUAUUGGAAGUAUAAAAUUUUAACAGUUUGGGGGAUUGUUGUGGGAACGAUGGGAGGAAUUGGAGUAACGGGUGGUGCUCAUCGGCUGUGGACUCAUCGGGCUUACAAAGCGAAAACGCCACUAAGAAUUAUUAUGGCCAUCCUGUUUUAUACUGCUGGGCAGAAUAAAAUAUUUGACUGGGUUAGAGAUCACCGAGUUCAUCACAAGUACACAGAAACUCCUGCAGACCCUCAUGACAGCAAACGUGGUUUCUGGUUCAGCCAUGUCGGCUGGCUCAUGUUAAAGAAACGGCCAGAAGUUAUUGAAAAAGGUAAUCAAAUUGAUAUGAGCGACAUUCUCAAUGAUCCAGUUGUUCAGUUCUUUGAUAGACAUCACAUGAAACUGAAGCUACUUUUCAACAUGAUAAUCCCGGUUUUUAUACCAAUUUACUUCUUCAAUCAAAGUUUCAAAUGGUCAUUCAUUACUCAAGUAUUCAUACGGUAUCCAUGGAGCUUGAAUUUCACUUGGUCUGUCAAUAGCUUCGCUCAUAUGUUUGGAUACCGCCCCUAUGAUAAGAGCAUAGCACCGGCAGAAAAUUUACUUGUAAGUUAUGUCUCUGGAGGAGAAGGCCAGCACUCAUACCAUCAUGUCUUCCCGUGGGAUUACAAGGCAGCUGAGUUCAAAAGUGUGUUAUUCAAUACGACGACCUGCUGGAUUGAUUUAUUUGCGAAAAUAGGAUGGGCAUAUGAUUUACGAACUGUAUCCCCAGAACACAUAAAGCGCGUUGUUGAAAGAAAAGGCGACGGAACACAUCCGAAAUAUUCAUGCUUAUCAAAGAACUAGAUUUACUUUACAUAUAGUCAUUAAAUAAAAUACGCUAGUUAUUGUUCACUUUAAUAUUUAUUUUCUAAUUUUACUCAUGUUAAACUUAUUGAUCUUGUAAUUAUCAAUGACGAACUUAAUUUUAGUUAAUUCACC